AUGGAGGUGGGAGAGAUUAAACCUGAAUUCACUGCUACCAGUUUGCAGUUGACUGGUUUUUGCAUGAAUGACAUAAAGAAAGCUGAUGGGAUAGACUAUAAAAAGGCUAGCCAUAGCCAUAGGCUUCAUUCUGCUGUUGUUGUUGUUGGAACUGUGUACUGUGACACUAGUUUCCAGGAGGAUUUCUCCAAGGCCACCCACUUUAUUUCAGGAUUUGUUUCUGCAGGUGCAUCUGUUGCAGUGGAAUGUAACGAUGGGAGUUGGAGGCCAAGUUUUCGACAAGAAGUGAAAACCAAUAAGCAUGGAGAAUUCAUAGUUCGUUUGCCUUUCUCAGUUAGCAAACAUGUAAAGAAAAUCAAGAGAUGUUCAGUGAAACUUGUCACUAGCAAUGAGCCAUAUUGUUCUGUGGCCUCAACAACAACUUCAUCAUCACUCAUUCUCAAGUCAAGAAAGAAAGGAACUCACAUUUUCUCAGCUGGGUUUUUCACUUUCAAGCCAGUGAAACAACCGAAUCUAUGCAACCAAAAACCAAGUGUUCAAGAUUCUAAGAAAUUCAACACUCAAAACACCUUGGGAUUUGGCGAACCAAACUAUCCCAUAUUUACACCUCCACUUCAAGACCCAGAAACACCUCAACCAAGUCCUCCGCUUCCCAAUCUCCCACCAUUACCUCAACUCCCUCCUCUGCCACCCCUUCCAGGGCUCCCUAUUCCACCAAUUCCUGGAAGGAAUUAG